CGUCCGUCCGUCUUGCCCUGGACCCUUCAGUCAGGAGGAAUGGAGCCCAGCAGUCCCAAGAAGAUCCAGUUUGCGGUUCCUCCGCUGCAGGGACAACUGGACCCUCAAGCUGCCGAACACAUCCGCAGAAGACGACCGACUCCGGCCACUCUCCAGAUCUACAGGCAGCCUGGGACAGAUGCUGGAGAUCAGAACGACGGCAGCGAGUCGCAGGUUCCACACACCAACCAGAGGAAGCAGAGCACCUUGGCCCCGCCCUCUGCCAAAGGUAAACUGGACGGCUCUGUGAUGGAAGAGGAGGAGGAGGAGCAGGAGGCCCAGCACGCCGACAACUGAUGAAGAGACCAUCCGUUACUUCUCUUUUUUACUGGCCAGAACCCUCUCAACACGCGUACCUUCUUGUGAUUCAUUCAAGAUACAUUUGAUCUUUGUGAGCCCAGCUGUCGGAUCAAAUAAACCCUUGGUGUGACAGACAACUGGAGACGGCUGAUGGAGUAGCAACCAUUGUUCUGACGGGUUCCCUCCCGCUCAUCUCUAGACUUCACGCAUCGUCUCUCGGGUCAAAGGUCAGCCGCAGUGACCCGUUGUUGAACAUGCAGCAGCAUCCGUCCAGACUGAAGUGUCUUUUUAAUAAAGAAAGAAAAGG